GACUAUUAUGGCAGACUACAGUAAAGAUCAGCCACCAUCUCAUAAUGCACAGGGAGCAGAUACCCCUCAACAACAACAGCACCCACCUCAACAAGGGUACCCACCUCAACAAGUGUAUCCCCCCGCUCAAGGUCAGCCCGGUCAAGGUUAUGUUAUUCAACAAUAUCCUCAACAACAAGUCGUUGUGGUACAACAAGGAUACCAAGCAUACCAAGGAUUCCCUCCAAAAACGAACAUAAUCUUAGCCCGGAUAGCAGCCCUGUGUUUCUUCUGGCCGAUUGGACUGGUUGCUGUACUGAAAGCUCGCGAGGCACAACGGUGUGUUCGACGCGGAGAUUACGAGGGAGGAAGAAGAAUUGGAGAGGAGGCUAGGAAAUUGGCUAUUGCUGCAAUCAUCACACAAUUAGUUCUAAUAGUUGCCGGGGGAAUCAUCUACUUCGUUGCUAUGGUUGCAGGAUCAGCGUAAAGUUCCACUGUGUACAGUUAUGAUGGAAAGUAACGUAAUUGUGAAAUAGAUAUUUUUAUUUUAUAUUAUCAUGAUAUUUUGAAUAUUAAUUUAAUAUACUUAAUCUGAUUGGUGAAUACUUUCUCUCGUGUGAUUUUUCCCGUUUCCAGGUAAACACCCAGAUUAUCAGAUUUCUUAACCGUAGAUCAGCCAACUCUCUUUAGGGAUGACUACUCCUUACAGCCGUCCAAAUCACAUCGAUUCUUUGAGCGGACUAUGGAUUGUUGAUUCGUAAAUUGUAAAUUGUAGGACAGACUAAUUAGAAGAAUUAUUAUCGUUAUUCUUCUGUUUGCACGAUCCCUAAUUGCUGAAUGGGAGAGUGGCAGGAGUUAACAAUUUCGUAUUGCAUACAUCCUGAUAUAUUGGUACCACUGUUAUAUAAACAUGGAAUGCUACAAAUACAAUGUUCUAAGCAGUAACUGAGUCAAACAUUAAGACUAAUUGGUCGGUAUCUUUUAUACAGCAAAACUCCAAAGAGAGCCCACUGAAAAUAACUUUACUGUUGGUUGUAAUGUUUUAAACUGUAAUGUGUAAUGCACUUUCCAAUCUAGUGCUGUAUAUUUUUUUGAUGACUGGAUGACUGCAUACAAAUUAUAAUUUAGAUUUCACUGUAAACGGGGCUCAAACUCCCAGUUUUAUAUUGUUGGUGUUAUCACGUUACUUUGUGUGAAUCGAGAUUUAUAAUGUCUCAUUUAAUGCAUAAUGAUUGAAAUUUAAACCACACGGUCCAUCAUCAUGUUUAGAGUAUAAAGUAUAUUAAUAUUAACGAAGAUUUAGAGUUAUGGUGUUUAGUUACGAUAUUUUAAAACUUUGAAUACGAUAAAAUAUAUAAUAAAUAGUAAAACAGUAGUUUACAUUUAAUAUACGGCAGUUUUACAUUAUAAUUUAAUUAUGUGGUACUAACCAGACCUAAUAUGUUUACCAGAUUUUCAUUUAAAUAGGUCCGAAUAUUUAUAGAUAUGUAAAUGUCGCCAUCUUUAAUUCAGAAAAUAAAACUUUUACCGUGAAGGAGUCAUAUCUCUGAAAUUAUUCGUUUUCAUAUCAUAAACUGCGUGCUGUUUAUAUAUUAUGACGCAGUGAAACUAUCGGACUACGAUGUAUGGGGACUUGCCACCCCGUGGCAACAUUAAAAUAUAUUGACUCUGUUACA